GGCUUCGAGCCGCACACAAAACUAACAUUAGAGCGGCCUGGUUACUUGAGGUUUUAGUGAACAACAUGCCAGCUGAAAAAAUCACACAUAGUGGAGGUAGCCGCAAAGGAAGCGAACAUAACGUUCGAGGAAGCAUGGAACAGGCAAAUACAAUUGCAGACGACAGCAGCAGUACCACUAUGGUCCCCCAUACAAAUACAGAUUCUAACCCAGGGAACUCUGUUGUUGACCAAGAUAACAAGACAGAAUGUAUAUAUUGCUCCGAGAACGCAGAGUCUGAGUCGGGUCAACGAUCUUGUCAGCAUUGGACUCAAGUGCGCUCAUUUAAUAAUAGACAGGCACAAAAGAAAAAACUCAGAGGACUUCAGAAUGGUCACCCUGAACCUUCUCGUUAUAGCAACAGUCGAAAUACUAAAGAAAAUAUGAAUAUGCAACGUCAUAUUGCUAAUAGUAAUUCAGCUGACGGACUUAGUCUGCGCGACGCAGCUGAAUCCAAUGCACCCAAUACAGCUUCAUCACGCUUCAAAUGUGAUAGACCUUUGCCUUCAAAUAAUAGGAAUAUGUCACAGUCUAAUACGGAACCAACAAAGUCUGUGGCUUCAAAUUCAUCCUCUCCAGUUCCUUCCGUUUCGUCAGACCUUCCAAAUGGACAUGAAUAUGGUGAUAAUAGAACAUUCCCGAGAUAUCCACAUAAGUCAUCACGUUCAUUUCGGUCUGUCAAUCAAAGUGUAGACGCAGAAGACAUAAAUAGUCCACGCUCAAAUAAUUCUCCUGUCACUACUGGUGGUGCCAACAUGAGGAAUCGACCUAACAUGAAUCGAUCUAGUGUAAAUAUGCCACCUCAGUCUGGGCCAGCCACCAAUGCUCAUCAAAAUGGUCCAUGUGAUCAAUGGCGACGUCCUAGCAAUAAUGGGAGUUGGAGGAGAUCGCAUCACACACUUCCUUUUGCACCUCGCAAUUCUAACCAGUUUCAUCGUUACAAUGGACCUGGAAACCAUCCUGUUCGACCACAUCAGAACAAUUUCUCACGGAAUCGUAUUUCUGGUCCUGGAAUGGGAGACUCACCUCCCACACAAACAGGUGAUUCUCCAAAUCAUGCUUCCAACGAGUCAAACCCACAACCUGAUAAUAAGAAACAAGAAAAUGUAAAGAAACCACAAACAUCUUGGGCUGCGGCAGUCGCUGUGGGAGUUCAAUCUGAAGAAAAAUUAGGUACACCUGGAGAUAAUUCACGAAUCCAACUGGUAAACUUCCUUCUAGACCAAUGGCGAUGUUUUGACCGGAAAUCAUCGUAAUUUACAUCCAUCCAAUCCCGCCACCACCACUACCAUCCCCUGCAACUUUUUUUUAAAGUAUGAAUUUUUUUCUACUAACGAUUAAAUAUCCUCCUCUGAUAUUGUUCUGUGUUGAGAGGGGAUGUUUUACCUGUGUGUGUGUGUGUGUUUGUGUGUGUCUAUAAGUUAAAUAAAAAUAGAUCGCAUGAAUUUUGUAUAACUGUCAUAGAUUUAAAGUUUAUGUAAAAACCCCUUUCAUAUAUAUAUAGAUUUGUUUUCAACACUUUUCGUAUAUGAUACAUUUUUCCUUUUUUUUUCUUUUCUUUUUCGUCUUGUUCUCUUCAUGCGAUUAAUUUGACUGACUAAAACAAAAAUUUUACAUUUUAACAAAAUAACUUCUACAAAAGGAUCCAGUCUUCAGGUAACAUUCCUUAUUAUUCUAUUACUUACUAUUCACUAUCGCUAUUAUUAUUAUUAUUAUUAUUACUAUUAUACACUCUCAUAAAAUUAUUGUAUAACAACAGUACAGAUACGUACGUAUACGACUAGUAUUGUUUCUCCAGUAAAUUAGGAAAAAAUAAUGCAGGUCUCUUCGUCUUCUUCCUGUUCCUCAUUCUCUUUUUCUUAUGACUCUGAGUUUACUUUGUUAAAAAUAAGACAUCUUUUUCUCAAUACUAUAUAUAUAUACGUAUAUUUCGGCUUUGUAUUUUGGACUGCAUGGUUGAACAUGUUAUAUAAUCGCUUUUAUUACCAUUAUUAUUAUUACUGUUAUUAUAAUACUAGUUAUUAUUAUUAUUACUCAUCCCAGAAUGACUCUAUUAUGUUUAUCUUCUUUUGAAUUUUCUGUUCUUUGUGAGAAAACAACAGUAAUCGAAAUUCCCCACCUCUCUCUGUCUCUGUCUGCUUAUAUAUGUGUAUUCAAGAGAGGGAGGUAUUCUCAACAGCUAAUCUCUUCUAAAAUCUGUUUAUUUUAAACUAUAAUUGAAUUUUCGCAUUAUUUUUCAUCACAUAGUUCAUAGAGGUCCACACUAACACUGCACACGCGCACGCACUUACACACAUAAACAAACACACAUCCACUUGUACUGCUAAAACCCUUUGAAAGUGAGUUUAACAUGUGUUAUGUAAGAGGAAAAGUGAAAGAAGGUAAGGUAAGGAGAGGUGAACACAUUACAUUUACAUAUAUACAUAUAUAUCUUCUCCUUAGCAAUUUUUUCCUUUCUUAUUUUUAUGCUGUUUUGUGGUUAAAUAAAAAGUUGGUAAAAUGCCUAUUAUUAUUAUUAUCAUCAUUAUAUUAUUAAGAUACUUCUUUGGUACUAAUACUACUACUACUACUCAUGUCUUACCUUCUGUUCUAAAGGUAUACUCUUAUUCGACAUACCUUUUGUUGGUUUCUCCUUCCUGUCCUCUUAUUUGUCCUGUCGCUCUCUCUCCCUCUGCGAACAGAUGUGUUUUUCUUUUUUUGGAAAAUUCAGAUAUUUGGAUAA